GCAAAUUUAUUCUAUUUGUGGUCAAAACACCGUGGACCGGACGGCCACUUCCUCCUCAUCUCUUCUCCAAACUUCAAACCGAAACAUCAUAUAAAGAAGGAGAAGAAGAAGGAGACACAGACCCCAAAAGAAACGAGAAGAAACGAAAAGAAAAGAAAAAAAAAAAAAAGAAGACCAAACGUAGAAUACCCAUCAAGCUCCUUUUGAUCCAAUCGAAUUUUGCCUCAUCUGUGCUUCUCCAGAAAGCACUACAAAGUGCUAUGAGAACCCAGAAGCACUUUUCAAGAGUGUUUUAGCCCUCCCAUAAGCAUUUCCAAUCAGUAGUCUGAGCAAGGCCAGUACAUAUUAUACCAUGGUUCUUGACAGCAUUUUGUCUUCUCCUGUUCGGAAGUCAGCCUCAUUCAGAAAGCAGUUCUCACAAAAUGAGUUGGGUAGCUGGUCGACUCUAUUUCAGCGGCACCGCUUCCUCUUAACGGCCCUAGCACUCCUGACUUUCCUCUGCACUGUUUAUCUUUACUUCGCUGUCACUUUAGGAGCCAGUCCAACAUGUUCUGGGUUGAGUGGAACUCAAAAAGCGUUGUGUCGUUUGGAGCAUGCAAAGACUUCAGUGGCCCAUGGAAAAUUGAAAAUUCUUUAGCAUGUAGAUGAUAAUGAUUUCCCUAAGUUUCUUUUUUCUUGGGUUCCUUUGAUUAGAGUCGAUUGCCAAUUUAAAUCAUACUACUAAAUUGUAGUGGGUUUUAUAUUUGUUCGUGAACUGAUUGAUUGGGUCAUAUAUGCAUAAUAUUUGUAGUAUGGAAACACUGGUUUUACCAUAAUGAUUAUUUUUAUUCAAAGAAACUAAAGCAUGGUGUUAUCAGAUUAUCUGCUUCGCUUGAAAGUCUAUUUCUGUAAAGGAAUGUGAGCUGGACUGGAACCAUGUUUUUGCAUAGGAGCUGAGUGCGGCUAGCAGAGAUAAGAGUAAGAGGCUUGUAAGUACAGCUAUUUUAGGUUUAGCUAUUUUAAUAUUAUUAUAUAUAGUAAGGGGCUUGUAACUCGAGUCGUUUUUAGUUUUAGUUUUCAUUAUAUUACACAU